AUGGCUGUACAAGCAGAAGAAACCAACCCCUGGGAGGAUGUAAGGCCAGACGAGGAACCUGCAACCGCAACCGCAGGCCCGAGGAGUAAACUCGAGAAAGUUCCGACAAUACUACGUCCCGGAGGUCGGUCCGAAACAAACCCAUUCAAACGAAAGCCCGUACAAAGCCCUGCGACUGUUCCCGAAGCCGCAGGGAUAUCCACUUCCUCCGCACCUCCAACAGAUGGGUUCUCUGAGCUGCGGCUGGGUGAACCCGAAUCGAGUACCAACCCAUGGAAACCUGCCAUCGACGAGCCAAAAGCUCCACCAGCUCCGCCCCAGAUACACUCGGUAGCACAGACAGAGUCUGAAGACAAUAUAUGGGACUCGGGUCCGUCACAGCAACCCUCCACGGGCCCUGCAUCAAACUCUCCUGCUGUUCUCUCGCUCCCAUCCGAAGGCGCGUCCCCUGCUUGGGACGAGGACGAACUCUCCAAGCCUUCUUUGCCCGACCUACCGCUAAAGUCACCAGAGGAGCAAGAGUUUUCUCAGGAUACGCAUGCGUGGGACGACGUUGAAUCCCGUAAUAAGGGGAAAGCUCCGAUCCCACAGGCACAAGGGCCGCCUGUAUCAGGGGAAGACUGGAACCUUGUAGAUCUUGAACCUGCGCCAGGCCAGCCUUCGAGACAAAGCACGUGGGGAGAUUUUGACGAGGGGGAAGACCCUCGGGGUAAAUCGAAAGGAAAACAAAUCGAGCAACCGUUGACCACAGAAGCUGUGACGGAUGCGCCCCCCGCUCUCCCUUCUCGGAGGGCGACUGAAGUCCAGGCUUCACCUUCAAGGGCGCAAUCACCAGCUAAAAAGUCGGAGACGUAUCAAAUUAAGCACAUCCACUGGACCGAUGCCAAGGCUGCCCAAAACCCUCGGAAAUCGCCUAUAUUGGUGCAGAAUGCCAACGGGCCAUGUCCUCUGGUUGCUCUUGUCAAUGCCCUGACGUUGACCACACCUUCGAACAUGAAAGAAACGCCGCUAGUGGACGCACUCAAAUCGAGAGAGCAGAUUAGCCUAGAUCUCUUACUGCGUGCUGUAUUUGACGAGCUCAUGUCUCCAUGGCGUAGCAAUUCGGAGGUUCUGUUACCAGACCCGUCUGAGCUGUACGCGUUCCUGGAAGGGCUUCACACUGGUAUGAACGUUAAUCCACGCUUCAUUCCCACUCCGGAACUUGUCGCAACCCAUAAGCGCACGUCUCUUGCCCACGUUCAUCCAAGUGAGCGGGGAGAUCUGAUUCCUGGGACAUUCGAGAACACCCGUGACAUGAAAUUUUAUGCCACGUUCUCCAUCCCUCUCAUCCAUGGCUGGCUUCCACCCAAAGAUGAUAGCGUAUAUGAAUCUUUCAGCAGGCAAGCGUCCUCCUACGACGAUGUGCAAGCUUUGCUCUUCACAGAGCAGGAGCUGGAAGACAAGCUUACAGGGAGUGUUGCGCUUUCAGACCACGAGCAACAGCUAUACGAGGAUAUUAUGACAAUCAAGUCUUUCCUCUCUAGCUCGGCAACCCAACUUACACCGUGGGGCCUCCAAGUUAUCACCAAAGCUGCUCAGCCCGGCACGUUUUCGAUCCUCUUCCGUAACGACCAUUUCUCUACUCUCUACCAUCAUCCAGAAACUACGCAGCUGCUUACCCUAGUCACCGAUGCUGGCUAUCAUACGCACGACGAAGUUGUUUGGGAGUCACUGGCCGAUGUGAAUGGCGAGCGAGCUGAAUUCUUUUCGGGCGACUUUCGUCUGGUGGGCGGACCGCAGCAACAGCCGUCCAACGACGUACCAGGCGCGUGGUAUGACGAGGCUGGGUCAAGCCAUGCCAACAACCAAGGUAAUCUGCAAUCCGUGCAGCGACAGAGGGCCAAUGACCGCAAUGACCAGCCGCAACAGUCUCCUCCUUUAUCGCCAAACCAUGAGCAGGAAGAUCGCGAUCUGGCUUUGGCCCUCCAGCUCCAGGAGGAGGAGGAGCAACGCCACCGCGCCGAGCAGGAAGCUCGGAGGCGGGAGACUGAACUUUCGGAGCAGUUCAUCGAACAACAGGCUCGCGGCAACACUGCUCGCACAGGGCCUCAGGGGCGCGGAAGUUCUACCUCUGUUUCCACGUUAUCCACCCGAGGUGGUCGCGGUGACAGCACCUUGGCCCCCGCACGCACUUCAUCGGCCCAGAUUAACGUUCCCGUCCGUGAAGCAAAUAACAACGGCCGGGGAGGGAGACCAGUACAACAGCAAGAAAUUCGGCCGCUCGUCCCACCGCCGAACACGACCCAUCGUCCAGCGGCACCAGAGGAGGAAGAGGCCCCGCCAACCUACGAACAAGCAUCAAAGGCGACCCCGUAUGUCCCGCCUACUGGGCAUCCAAACCAUCCUGCGAGUACACCCAUCAGUGCUACUAGCGCUCGGCGGCAAACACUCCCGGGAUCAAGAGUUGGAAGAGGAGCGGGGCCGUCUGCAGGGCCAAGUACGCCGGCUCGGGGUGGCCGGCAGGGAAUGCCGCCACCACCCACCACGGCGCCCGGAGGAGGUGUAGGGAGGGAAAAGGAUUGCAUCGUCAUGUGA